GUUGAACCAAAUUUGCGUGACAAUUCUUGACCGUUUUAUCGUUAGUGAUGGAGAAGGCUGCAGCGUUGCUCAAGGCGUUGCCAUCUUCCAAGGUGUGUGGCUCUCUCGACGCAGCCCAAGCCGCAGCAAGUGCAGCUGAGGAAGGCAAGUGCUGGUACAUUGUGCAGCUGGGCAAGUCAAGCUUGUCGGAGGUGCACUCAGCACUUCAGCAAGGAUGUGGGCAUUUGGGCGUGGUGCUGGUGGCCAGCCAAAACCCAGUGUCCCAAUUGGAGGUCUUGCGAGCGAUGGAGUAUGGCGGCGUGUAUGUCGCUUCUGCCGAGUUGGAGAAACCAGGAGAAUGCCUCAACGAAGCCGCAACUUUCACCUCUGGACCUUCAUUGGUCUUGUUGGCUGAAGCAGCAGCGAUCAAGGGCGAUGAGCGCUGGACUGCCUUCAGGUACGACCCUCGCAGGGAAGACCAAGGUGGUUGCGCAUUUGUGACAGACAGCAUCCGUGUCCGCGAAGAGAUUCAGGGCUUCCUCUCCAGGGAGAGCUUGCUGACGCUGGUGGCCAAGAAGUCCUUGCCAAGUCCAAAUGUUGGCGAUGCCGAAGCUGGGGCGUUGAGCGAAGGACUUGCUGCUGCAUCCAAGACAGUGACAAUUCUGUACUCUUCCGACACUGGACAUGCAGAAGAAUGUGCCAAAGCUGUUGCGCGGCAGUGCCGAAAUGGAGGAUAUGCUGGCAGUGCAGUGCGCUGUGCUACCAUGGACUCAUUCGAUGUGGGAGCGCUGUCUUCAGAGCCACUGGUGGUGUUCUGCGUGGCAACUGCAGGAAAAGGUGAAUUCUGUGGCAAUGGUCGAAACUUCUUCCAGAAGUUGAGCGAUCGCUCUGACCUAGCUCUCAAUGAUCUCAAGUACUGCAUUUUUGGCCUUGGUGACUCUCACUACUGGGGCAAGGGCACUGAGGAAUCCAAAUUCAAUUUCGCCAAGCCAGCCCGUGAUUUGGACAACUUGUUGGAGAAGAUGGGAGCCCAGCGCAUGAUGCCCACUGGAUUCGGAGAUGACCAGGACGUGGACCAGUAUCACACGGGAUUUGCCGAGUGGAAAGGCCAGCUCUUUUCACGACUUGGUGUCGACAAGGCUGAUGCAGCUGGAGGUGGUGAUGAUGGCCCAGUGAAAACUGACGAGCAAAUCAAGGUCGAGACGAAGCAGCUUCGAGGAAGCAUGAAGGAAAGCUUGGACGACAUCACCACUGGCCAAGUCCCUUUCCAGGACACCAAGUUGAUCAAGUCCCAUGGCAGCUACCAGCAGGAUGACCGAGACCUGCGAGAAGAGCGCCAAAAGAUGGGUGUUGAGAAUGCCUUCAGCUUCAUGAUUCGUGUCCGCUUGCCUGGUGGAUACUGCACUCCUGAACAGUGGAUUGCCAUGGACGACAUUUGCCAAAACUUUGCAAAUGGAACCCUGAAGAUCACCACGCGUCAGACUUGGCAAGUCCAUGGAGUUCUGAAGAGAGAUGUCAAGAACACUAUGCGAGCAAUGAACAAGGCUUGCAUGGAUACUGUCGCCGCAUGUGGAGAUGUUUGCCGAAAUGUGCUGUGCACAUCCCGCCCAGAUGUUUGCAGCAAAGAACUCCACGCGGAGAUUCUGCACUACACCUAUGACAUCCAUGACCACUGCUUGCCUCGCUCUGGUGCUUACCACGAGAUUUUUCUGAUGCAAGGUGAUGAGAUGGCUGAGAAAAUCCAGAUCAUGGGAUCCACUCCUGUGGAAGAAGAGCCUCUGUAUGGCCUUACGUACCUGCCGCGCAAAUUUAAGGUGGCCGUAGCAAUUCCACCCAGCAACGAUGUGGACUUGUUUGCGCAUUGCGCAGGCUUCAUUGCCAUCAUCGAGAAUGGCAAGCUGUUAGGUUUCAACGUGGCCGUUGGUGGUGGAUUGGGAUUCACACACAACAAUCAGAAGACGCACCCAAGAUUGGCUGACGUCAUUGGCUUUUGCAAGCCUGGAGAUGCGAAGUAUGUUUGCGAGUGCAUCUUGACUGUGGCCCGUGACUUUGGUGAUCGUACUGGUCGCAAGCAUGCUCGGGUGAAGUACACUGUGGAAGAUUAUGGACCAGAGUGGUUCAAGGAGCAGGUGGAAGAACGCCUUGGAUUUGAGUUGGAAGCGGCGAAGCCUUACACCUUGGAGCACCGCGGGGAUAUGCACGGCUGGGUGCAAGCCAGCGACGGAACUUGGAGCUGUGGCCUUUUGAUCCCCAUUGGUCGCGUCAAGGAGAGCUCCCGCGUUUGCAUCCGCAAGAUUGCCGAGCUGCUGAAGGGCGAGGGUGGUUUCCGGAUGACCUGCAACCAGUCCCUGGUUUUGGAGAACAUCAGCGAGGCCAAGAAGGGACAAGUGCAGCAGCUGUUGAAUGAGUACAAGGUCAUGCACAACAAGGAGACAACCGUCAGUGGCUUGCGACGCAACAUGGUGGCCUGUGUGGCCUUGCCAACUUGCCCUCUGGCAUUUGCGGAGGCCGAGCGCUACUUGCCCACUUUGGUGGAGCGCCUGGAGGCGGUUGCUGACAAGUGCGGCAUCGGCCAGGAAGACAUUGUGAUCCGCAUGACUGGAUGCCCCAAUUCCUGCGGCAGGCCAUCUAUGGCUGAGAUCGGCUUCAUCGGCAAGGCUCCUGGCACUUACAACAUGUACUUGGGUGCUGACUUUGUGGGUAAGCGCUUGAACACCUUAUACGCGGAAUCAGUGAAUGAGGAUGAAAUCAUCAAGAUCCUGACUCCACUUUUUAGCACCUAUGCCCAGGAUAAAUUCAAGGACGAAAGGUUCGGAGACUAUUUGAUCCGCACAAAGAUCGUCAAAAAGAUGGAAAACGGCCGUGAUUGGUGGACUACUCCCGAUCUUUGAGCAAACAUCGAAAGUCUCAGAAAUUUUGCUCUCGCUUGAAUUAUUUGACCUUCACUUCCACUUGCGAAGGAUGCACAAACC